CGUGACUGCGGGCGAAACCCCGGACCUCGCUGGUGUUGUGACUUCGGAAGGAGGAAAAGCUGCGAUGUUUCCACCAGUAUAACCAUGAAAGCUUUCACUGGGAACACCAGGAUGGAGUUAAAACGCAAUAUGAACAUGUGAAUGAAUACCAGCUCCACACACACACACACACACACACACACACACACACACACACACACACACACACACACACACACACACACACACACCUGGGGGUUAAAGAUGUCAGGUGGGAACAUCUUCAGCAAGGUGAGCUCCGCCUUCAGGAGGGAGAGGACGGACUGGGACCUGAGCGACACGGCGCCCUUUGACCUCUCCGACGAGCUGGUGGAGGACGAGGCGCCCAAGUUCAACAAGCUGAGGGUGGUGGUGUCCGGGGAGAUGUGUGAUUACUCCUCCGGGGCUCCGUCCAACGGGGUGACGGUGAACACACUGGCGGUGACCGACGACGACGACUGCCUGCUCGACUCCACGUCCAGCCUGGGCAGCCCGGGGUUAAACAUGGACCCCUGUGACAACUGCACCAAGAAGAGGGAGAAGGUCAAACACAGGAGGGUGAUGAAGAGGCUGGUCAUGGCAGCUUUGCUUUAUUUCCUCUUUAUGACAGCUGAGAUUGUUGGUGGUUACUUGUCCAACAGCUUAGCCAUUAUGACGGACGCUGUGCACAUGCUGACAGACGUGGUGGGCAUUUUGUUUUCUCUGCUGGCCCUCUGGCUCUCCACCAAGCCGCCCACGAGGCGAUUCACUUUCGGCCUCCAUCGUCUCGAGGUGGUAUCUGCGGUCCUCAGUGUGGUGCUCAUCUACAUUCUGACGGCUGUACUGCUCUAUGAGGCUGUUCAGAGGACGGUGCACCAGGAGUUCGACAUAGAUGGUGAUGUCAUGCUCAUCACUGCAGCUGUGGGUGUAGCUGUCAACCUCGUAAUGGGUUUCUUGCUAAACCAAAAUGGUCACCUCCACUCCCACGGCCAUGGUCACUCCCACGGUCACGGUCACUCUCACGGCUCUGCACCCGCCUCAGGUUCACAGCCCGCUGGGUCGGGUCAACAGAGCGGCAGCCUGGCUGUAAGAGCUGCCUUCAUCCACGCUUUGGGAGACCUCGUCCAGAGUGUCGGGGUGCUCAUAGCGGCCUACAUUGUCCGCUUCAAGCCGGAGUAUAAGUUGGCGGACCCCAUCUGUACCUACAUCUUCUCCAUCCUGGUUCUCUUCACCACAUUCCGCAUCAUACGAGACACAUCGGUCAUCGUGCUGGAGGGUGUUCCCAGACAUCUGGACACUCUGAGAAUCAAAGAGGACCUCCUGAAGCUGGAGGACGUCCAAUCAGUGGAUGAGCUGAAUAUCUGGGCGCUGACAGCGGACAAGACUGCAGCGAUAGUGCAUCUGCAGCUCACUCCCUCUAGCGCCAGUAACUGGGAGGAUGUCCAGGCGAAGGCCCGCCACCUGCUGCUUCGCACCUACGGCCUCUCCAGGUGCACCGUGCAGGUGCAGACGCACAGGCUGAGGCCGAUUCACAGCUGCACACACUGCCAGCAGUCCAGUGCCUGAACAGAGAGAGAGACAGACUCAUGCUGACGUUCCAUCGUGCACUUCAUGGAGCCAGACGGCAGAGAGUAGAGAACACAGAGGGCCUGGAUGACGCACUCCUUCCAGUGCCAUAAUAGGAGAAACGGUAUGUAAAUGCAAAAAACAAAACAAAAAAGACUGGUGCCAAAGGACAUUUGUUGGAACAACAGGAGAUGCACAUUUCUAAUCAAAGGAUCACUACAGCCUCCAGGGACCUUCGUAACCUUUACGCUCGCAAAGGCUUUCAGCCUGGAGUUUGAAUGCUUGAAGUCUCUGACAAAAAGAAUGAAAAAGAAACUUGCUCUUAAUUCACCAUCAAAGCCUAUUCAAACAGUUAACUUUAGGUUUUUUUUUUUUUACCGUUUUAUUCAUGUCAACUGAUGAUUUGUCAUCAAGUGUUAAUUUUACUUUUUUGUUACAAGGUGUUAGGACUAUAUGCUAUGAUUGUAUUAUUUUACUGAGGAUGUCAGAGAGUUAAAAGGUACCUCAUUGUCACUUGAUAAUAACGAUAAGCUGUCAUCACCGCCGGUAUUAAUGAGGAUAAAAACUUAUUGUGUCCCUUUAGUCAACAUUACAUCUCAUCAAAUACACUUAAUCAUUAAUAUUCUUCAGCCAAAGUCUGUUUGUUAGGCAGAUUCUUUUUAAAUAGACAACAACCUUAGGUUUAUUAUAUCAGUUGGAACUGACCAAUAGUUAAAUUACACUCAAUAUUUUACUCAAGCAUGUCUCUGUAUUCAUUGAGGGGAGCACACAACUGACAAUCAAAGUGUGACUGACUUUGAAAAUGCUACAGUGGUUUGACCUGCAUCAGUUUGGUUUCAGCCUCACUCUUUAUACUCAGCUUCUUUUCAUAUCUUUAACUGACUAUAAUAAUGCAGACAUGUUUUGGACAUAUUUCAGAGUUACUGUGUUUUCAGUGAGGGGAUGUGUGAGUUGAAAUUUGCCAAUUCUUGUGUUAACAAUGUUUUCUGUGGCUGUGAGGGGGGGUGUAUGGUGGAACUUUUCCAUUUCAGAUAUUAAUCAUCAAGAGAAAUCAGGAACUGGAUCACUGUUUUUUGUUAAUAAUAAAGUAUUUA